GUGGCCUAGGUACGGCGGCCGCGCUGGGUUUAACUAGUUUGCCGUUCGGUAAAGGUGCCGGCGGGAGCCGGGAUGGGGAGCGAACAGCUCAGCGCUGGUGGGGUUGGCGCGGCGCCCGAGGGCGGCCCCUUCUUCACCCUGGCGGAGGUGGCGAAGCGCAACUCGAGCCGCGAGGCCUGGCUGGUGAUCCACGGGCGCGUGUACGACGUCGGCCGCUUCCUGGACGAGCAUCCAGGUGGAGAGGAGGUUUUGCUCGAACAGGCUGGUAAGGAUGCCACAGAGAGCUUUGAAGAUGUUGGGCACUCCACAGAUGCCAGGGAAAUGCUCAAAGAGUACUUCAUAGGAGAGGUUCACCCGUGCGAUCGUAAAAAUGAAGGCUCUAAGGAUCCAAACACGACAUCCUCAAGCCAGUCAAGUUUCUGGUCAGCAUGGCUAAUCCCCAUCUUUGGCGCACUAGUCAUAGGCUUAAUGUACCGAUAUUACAUGUUGGAUGGGAAAUCUUGAUCUGACCUCGCUGGAACCUUGAGAAGCAUGAGACCACAUGCAUGCAAGCAAGAGCUCUGGGGUUUUGGUUUUCUUAAACCUUGUGUAUUUUGUUCUUAGCUUUGAGUCUGUCUAGCAAUGGUGGUGUCUGCAGAGUCAAGCUACUGUUAGAGAGUGUCUGUCCAGACUCUGGGAUCCGCUGCCCUGUCUCACGUUCUCUUCAGAGUCUUCGUAUGUGUGUUGGGGCAGGGGGUGAGGUGCAGUGUCCUAAUAUUCCAUUAUAUGUCUAGUCUGGCUCGCUGUAAUAAUCAGUCAUGGGUAACGUUUCUUUUAACACCUUUUUGUUAAUCCCAACAAUGUGGAACAGCUGCUAGCAUGUGAGCCUGUGAAAUGCCCCUGUCUUCCAUGUGAGCAUUGUCAAAGAAACUGCAAGUUGUCUACAAUCCCAUCAAGCAGAAGUGUUCUGAGACUGAGCAGAACAGCUUUCCCAGUGCACCCAGGCAACACUAACAGAGGCAGCAGGAAAUUGCUAGCUCUUGUUGUCUCUUCAUAUAUGUGGCUGUUUUUAAAUGGUUAAGCAAAUAUAUAUAUUUUAAAAAUGAUCCAUUUCACUUUGUAAUAUUUGUCUGUCCUGUAAAACGAGAGCUCACAGCUGCUGUACUUGGGACCCCAGCUCCAUAGGAACUGACAGCUGGUUUCUUGGAACAGGUCUCCUCUCUCUCUCCCGGAGCUCUUCAUCUUGACACGUGUACUUGGGUUAAAACACAUUCCUAUUGAAAACAUGAGGGUGGGCUGGACAAAAACUAUCCCUUCCCUCAUACAGCCUGGGUUCCUGGGGAGGGCUAGCAGGAAGAGUAGCAGUUAGAACUCCCUGCUUGGGAUUGGCGUAUGAUGUUCUGGUUUUCUCUUGGGACUGGAGUGUGGAUGUUCCUAUUUUCCUGUGUCUAUUCCAGAAGCUACCCUCUGCCGCCAGCCCCAAACAGGGAAGAGAGGCAGGACAAAGCAUGUUUUAUGCAUCAUAAGGCAUUUAUCUCUCCUAUCUCUUCCAGUAGUGUAGUCCUGUGGCUCUACAAUCUGUGGUAACGGCAGUGAGAAAUACAAUACAACACCAAGUAGAAAAGAGGAAUUAGUGUUCUGGUUCCUACCAUCCCUCUGUGAUUCUAUUGUUUCUAAAUUGCUCUGAGACUCUUUCCCAAUUGGGGGGGAUAUUGGCAAUAAGGAGAGGACCAUAGCAGAGCCUGUCAUUGGAUAGUAGAUAGGGAAUGCCCUCCUUCCUUUAUUGCUUCUCUUUUUACUGCAUGCUUCUGUCCUGUAUAUGAGAACACCAUCUGGAAGGGUUUUUUUUAAUUUUUUUAGCUGCUUGUUAUUCCCCACUUCCAUGCAGCCAGUGUGCUCCCCAAAGUUGCUGUUGAGUCUUUGAAAAAACGAGCCUGCAAUUCCCAGAAUUCAAUGUAAAAAGCCAUGAAGUCUCUCUUGACAGGAAAGAAUGACUAUUCAAAUGGCCUUAACUCCCUUCCAACAUGUGGGAUCCUGUCACUACCAUGACCAUGUCACUCACGUGGCUUAGCACUAAUUAGCAGGCUUUUGGGGCUGCUGCCUCUGAGUCAUCUUCCAUAUCAUGAUUCCUUAGAACAGAAGUAUUAAAAGGCCCUUCCCUUUGGUGCGGGACUCCCCUCCUCUGCUGUGGAUUAUGUUCUGUCUUCUGUUGUGAACUGCGGGAGGUAGAAAGCUGCUAUCCAUAGUGAGGGGGAACCCUUGGGUUACGGUGUGGUGCUGAGAAUUGGUAAAACAGUUUUUAGCCGUUCCAUCCAUUACAAGCUGUCCUUGGUCUGCUGCUACAGGGGAAGGGACUGAACCCAAGGUUAACUUUAACAGUUCAUCAGCCUGGGGUGUGUGUGUGUGGGUGUGUGUGUGUGUUGGGUCCAGUUGUACGAGGGGUAUACAUUUGAGCCACGCAAAAUCCAUUGGGAAAGAUCUUGCAAAUAUCCAUGAUUUUUAAAAUAUUUAAAAGGGAUAUAUGGGGUGACCUGGCUAAUUAUAGACCUGUAAGCCUGACAUCAAUCCCAGGCAAAAUAAUGGAACGUCUGAUACAGAACUUCAUUAAUAAAGAAUUUAAUCCAUUGUGAGUUAAGCAUAUGUACAAUCUAGUUUGUCCUUAUGAGAGAACUAGCCCCCUCACUCAGCACUACAUUUAUUGUCUUAAGCAGCUAGAGCCACGUUUUAAUAUCUGUGGAAUCCAUCACGUUUCAGCCAGCGGUGUCCACUGUGGUCUGUGGGGCACUUACUUGUCUAUUUCCACUGAUGAUAGACUGUGGUGCAGUCCACAGUUUGGAAUCAAAGUCAGCAAAUAUCUGGAGUGCAGACUGUUGGGGAAGCAUAGUGCUCUGUAAGAGAGCUGUGAGUCUGGCCAUCAGCCCCCUAAUUCUUCCAAACAAAGGGGAUACUUUUUUGAGUGACUUGUUUGCUCAUUAACAGCAGUAGGGGCUUAUUUUGAAGUCUGUAUUGCUACUUUACAGGGUUUAGUUUUAACAAGGAGGAAGGCCUAGUUGGCAUCUAAUAAUAUCUGCCUCUAGGUUUCCUCUGGCAAGAUCAUAUUAUGUCUGUAUUCGAAAGGAGAGCUGUAACAGUUUUUGGUCUAAUUGAGUGCAUUCACGGUGUUUGACAGACACUUGCACUGAUUCCUGGAGCAGUAAUUUGCCACUGGUACUGUAAAAUGGCAAUACCUAGUUGCUUCUGAUUCCUGGGGUAAGGAUGGCAGGUUCAAUUACCUUCUGCUGCUGGAGACCUGGCCACAAACACAAUUGGAAGUUUGUUGACUGUGUUGAAGGACCAAAAUUUCAUCAAAUGAGCAGUCAUGAUAGGCAGGUUGGACUGUCUAGGACUGAAAUAAGAUGGUGCUACUUGUUUGUAUAGAAGCACACUGGCAGAUAGGAGCAUACAUGACUGACAAUGCAAUCAGUCCAUAACUUUCACAAGCUUGUGCACUUACUUUUUUUUUUUUUUUUUUUUAAAGGAUUGGGUUCAUCCAGUUUUCUUCAUUCCUUUUUCCUUACAAGUCAUGUGGAUAGUGGUUAAAACUUAGGUUUAAAGCUAACUAAAACCAGCUUUAAAACUUGAAUGAACACAGAAACAAUAAUAGCUUGUUUACCUAUUUCAUUUCAGAAUUUUUUAAAAACAAAAAUAUUUGUCUUUAAAGUGAGUUUCUCACAAAGCAAGUUUGUUACCAGACCUGCUACAGGAUAAAGGUAUUGUCUCAACUUUCAUCCAUGCAAUAAAGAUAUUUCAGUGAAAAUAAAGCUGGGUGUGUAGGGUCUGUUCCCUUCAGGUGUUCUGGAAAAGGUUUCUACUAAACUACUGUAUACAUGACCAGAGGCAGCUUUAAAAUUAUUAAUAUAACUAAAUUAAAACUGGCCUCCAGAGUGCCAGAGUACUGCUACUGGGUUUCUGACUCUUCAAAAACAUAAAUUCCUUGGCAUAUGAAUGCAAGUGUAACAGUGGCUUUGUGGAUGCUGUGAAGACCAAGGAGCCAGAUUUGAGUCUGUUUUCAUUUCUGUUGAAAUUAGCUGAUAAAGGAAACAAAUUGCAAGGGAACAAGGUACAGGUCUGUCUGUAAAGCCAAGGUUCAAAUCUGGUUGUCUUGGAAACUGAUCCAAGUAAAUUGCUGAUUGUGAUGGGAAGAAUUUAGGAAGCUGCCUGGUUCUGAAAUUGUAACGAUUUCUACAAUGCAAAUUUGUAUCUGGAUAUUGUCUGUCCAGUGAAACACUGGAUUAUAUACUUUUUU